CAUCCCUCAAUCUAAAGAUGGCGGCUUCGGCGGUGAGGGGCGCUGUGGCUCUGCGUACGAGUGUUGGCCGGCCCGUUGCUUUUGUGAGGAAAAUUCCCUGGACCGCGGCCUCGAGUGAGCUGAGAGAACACUUUGCACAAUUUGGCCAUGUUCGAAAGUGCAUCAUACCUUUUGACAAAGACACCGGCUUUCACAGAGGUAUGGGUUGGAUUCAGUUUUCUUCAGAAGAAGAACUUCAGAAUGCACUACAACAGGAAAAUCACGUUAUUGAUGGAGUAAAGCUCCAUGUUCAAGCUCAAAGACCAAAAGUUUUGCAAGGGGAUCAGACAUCUGAUGAAGAGAAAGAUUUUUGAGACUAUUACUGCCUAUUUAAAUAAAGUAAACAAAACUGAAAA